AUGUAUGUGAAGAUGGUGGUCUACAUGAAUAAUAAAAUCGAACGUAGCAUGAUCAAGUUAAAGACAUUGACACAAUGUCACGACAAUCAGAUGAAUGAAAACGAGAAAGAGACAUUGAAACGAUUGAGUGAUGAUACGACACUUAUGAGAUACACUUUGGCAGCAGCAAGAACUGCAGCAGGUGGAGCAUGUCUUGCAGUGGAUCGAGUUCUAUCUACCAAGAAUAAAACUUGCAAUGCAUUCUGUGCAGUUCGACCACCAGGACAUCAUGCAGAACAAUGUCGUGCCUUGGGAUUUUGUGUGUUUAAUAAUGCUGCUGUCGCAGCGCUACAUGCAAUCGUCAAGCAUGGACUGAAUCGGGUGGUUAUUGUAGACCUUGAUGUACAUCAUGGCAAUGGAACGCAGGAUGUCGCGGACAAGGAGUCGAGACUGCUUUAUGUGUCAAUGCACCAGGCAGCCCCAUGCUUUCCAAAUUCGGGAUUUGCUUGUGAAAAAGGAAAGUAUGGAAAUGUGCUGAAUGUCCCGCUGCGUGCAAGAUGUACUGCUCAAGCGUACCGUGAUCAGUUUUCCGCGAUAGUGCUUCCGCGCGUGCGAGAGUUUUGUCCCCAAUUGGUGAUCGUAUCGAUGGGUUUUGACGGUUCCUUACGUGACCCGCUAGGUGAUUUUCGAUUAGAAGCCCACGACUUCUACUGGCUUACGAACGAGUUGUGUAGAGUAGCAUGGCAGUGCUGUGAAGGCAAACUUGUGUCGGUGAUGGAGGGAGGGUACCAUCUUGGAGAUCUUGCAGACGGCGCUGAGCAACAUUUGUUAGCACUCUUACACGGCUCUUGUCGUCCGGAUGGUCUUGCUCCAAUUGAAUGUUCGCUUUUGGAAAAAGUGUCAAAAUGA